AAUUUUACGCAAUUGUUAUAGGUUCUUCGUAGGUGUCUUCUUCUACGCACAUCAAAAGGAAGAAAAACAGAUAAUCAGCUAUGACGAUCACCGAGGACGUUCCUCCGGAGAUCUCGGGCCACCCGGCACACCGGGCGCACAAGCUGAAGCUGGUGGCGACCGACGACCGGCAGUUCAGGUGCGACGGCUGCAUGGAGCGCGGCGUCGGCACCAGGUACAGGUGCGAGUACGAGCGCUGCAACUUCGACCUCCACACCUGCUGUGCCGUCGCGCCAGCUACCCUGAAGCACCCCCUGUUCGGCGACCGCGCGUUCGUGUUCCUCCUCGAGCCCCCCGCCACCACCGGAGGCAAGGGCGAGGGCAGGAGCAGGCGAAGGAGCAGAGUCUGCGACGCCUGCGGCGAGGACGUGCGCGGCUUCGUCUACCACUGCUUCGAGGCCGACCUCGACCUCCACCCUUGCUGCGCGCACCUGCAGGAGCUCAUGCUCCAGGAUGGCCAAGUCUUAAAGCUCCGCCGCGAGGCGUCUCGCCCGUGCGGCAUGUGCGGCCGGAACGGGCGCCGCAGCAACUUCUGGGCGUACCGCAUCAGUUGGGAAGGCGAGGCUGUGGACCUGCAUGUGGCGUGCAUGACGGAGAUGGCUCGCCUGAGCUGGGACGCCGAGUACCAGAACCGGGUCGGCGGCGGCCAGAUCGUACAGCCGAGGGGCCUGACUGCGGACGACAUGCUAAAGAGCUUGCCCAGUAGGACGCGGAGGAGCAGCGGGUUCCAGCAGUUCUGCAGGAUCGUCAGUGUUGUCCUGAGCGUCAUCGUCGCGGUGAUCUUUGGGAACCCCAUGGCCAUGAUCGCCGCCGUAGCAGGGCCCGGCGGCUUUCUCCGCGGUUAGACAUCGCUGAGCUAGAUUUUUGCAAUGAAAAUGAUGUUAAUAAACCUAGUCGUCAGAAAUCUCCUAUGUUUGUUACUCUAUUACAUUACAUGUACUUCAAUAUUGUAAAUGUCAAAUGUGCGCAUUAGAGUACUAGAGGGAGUAGAAAAGAAAUGUAGACAGGAGAUGUGUUUGAUUUGUUUUAUCAUUGUGAUUGCGAUUUGGAAAACGUUCGUUUGUUCA